CAGUCAAAUAAGAGUAAAAUAAUGAAAAAUAUCUUAAUAGUUGGCGCUGGUAUCGUCGGUGUUUCAACAGCAUUUUAUCUUUCAGAAUCAGAUGAUAUCAAUAUUACAUUGAUUGAUUCAUCUGGACUAGCAUCAGGUGCAUCCGGUAAAGCAGGCGGCUUCAUAGCUGCAGAUUGGAAUGGUCCUGAUUCCAAUUCCUUGUCUCAAUUGAGUUGGCGCAUACAUCAAGAAUUAGCUGAAAAGUUUAAUGGUUACCAAACAUGGGGUUAUCGUAGAGUGACUGCACUAAAUCUAACUGCUGAGAUAGGUCAUCGUAAAUGUCCACAAUUUGAACAUAAAAAGUUUGGUACAAAUUGGGUAGACCCUAACGUUAUAGUGUCAUCAUGUGAUUUACUUGGUUCACCAAACAAUUGCGCUCAAGUUACACCUAAACCCCUUGUUGAAAUUUUGUUCCAAAAUUCAAAAGCAAAUUUAGUUAAAGCACACUUGAAAUCAAUCAUUCGAUCUACUGACAAUGAUAAUCGUCCAAGAGCUGUCAUAGUUACUGAUGGUGAAAAAGAUUGGGAAAUUGUUUGUGAUGACGUUGUAUUUGCAACAGGUCCUUGGACAGGUAAUGUUGCUCAAUCAGUCCUGAGUAAGGAUGAAGCAAACGUUACACGUGUAGGUGGUCAAAGAAUACAUUCACUCAUCCUUCGUCCACCAACUCAGCUCGAGAUGUCAGCUCAUUGCCUUUUUGUACAACUUUUGAUACGAGGUCACGCACCAUCUGAGCCCGAGUUCUUUGCCAGACCUGACGGUACAGCUUUCAUUUGCGGUAGCGCAGAUGAAGAGCCAAUACCGUCAAAGGCUAACCAAGUUAAGAUUGAUUCAAAUAGCAUUACGGAAUUAAAGAAAGCAGCGUCAUCAAUUUCACCACAACAUUUCUCAACAUUUGAAGGGUCACUGACCGAAGUAAUUGCUGAACAAGCUUGUUAUAUGCCUAUACCAACUGGUAGUAGCUCGAACCCGUUGAUAGGAACUAUAUCACCCGGCAUACACGUUGGUGCCGGCCAUUCCGUCUGGGGUAUAUUACUUGGACCUGGCACAGGUAAAGUGUUGGCCGAGAUAAUCACACAAGGCAAAGCAAUCUCAGCUGAUAUAAGUCGACUUACACCAGAUGCUAUCAAAAACCCAAAACCACAAAAUGAUCUCUAUUUCUGAAUGACAUUUUACGCAUUCUCUUUCUUGGAUCCAAAUGUCUCAACUUUUAUUAAAUUUUUCAACGUUAAAU